AUGAGCAAACAGACCGGAGCCGUUUCCGUUGACAAGAACGGUAACAUUCAGUUGAGGAUUUUAGCAAAACCCGGAGCGAAGAUGAGCGCUGUUACAGAUGUUGGCGAUGAUGAAGUGGGCGUAGCAAUUGCAGCUCCUCCACGUGAAGGUGAAGCAAAUGAGGAACUCGUCGAUUAUAUGAGAGGGGUGCUAGGACUGAAGAAGAGUGAAAUCGUGCUAGAUAAGGGUGGCAAAUCUCGCUCGAAGACAUUACUCAUUACCUCGUCACGGAUCUCCUCAGAAGAGGUUGUCGCAAAAUUGAAGGCGGCGGUUGAGCGCUGA